AUGUGGCACCUCUACCUCACCACCCUUUUCCUCCUCAACCUCUCCCUCUUCACCACCGCAGCCCCUAUCUCAUUCGCCUUUCCUCUGAUCCCUCGCGACGCCACCCUCACCCAAGCCCAGGUGGAAGCCAUUGCGCCGAAAUCAAACACAUGCGCCGAUGCUCCAGCGAAGGACGAGUGUGCUACUGCAAAGACCGCCGCCAAGUACACCUCGCAAUCCUUUGAUACAUACGAUGUCACGUCCAAGGCAGAGCAGGCUGCGAUCAUCAGUCUGAUGGCGUUUGAAAGUGUCGAUUUCAAGUAUAACAAGAACCAUUUCCCAGGUGUGCCGGGCCAGGGCACGCGCAACAUGCAAUCCCCGUCCUACAACAAAAAAUACGCCUCCUCCCUCCCAGAUCUCAAAGACAAGAUCGCCAAAGUCGCCAGUAACCCCGUUGAUCUUUUGGAUCUGCUCCGCGAUAACCACAGCUACGACUUCGGCUCUGGGGCGUGGUUCUUGACCACGCAGUGCUCCAAGGAGGUCCGGACUGCUUUGCAGACUGGCGGGGAGGAGGGGUGGCAGCGGUAUAUCAGUGAUUGUGUGGGUACGUCUGUUACGGAUGAGAGGAAGGAGUAUUGGCAGAGGGCUAUCAAGGCUCUUGGGGUGAAGAGUUCAUGA